AUUCCCGCCUUCGUGUUUCCAUCUUCUUUCACAAAGUCAGAAAAAUCGAUCGAUCGUUUCAAGCUUAAAUUCAAUUUGAGCAUUUGGAAGUGAAGAAGAAGAACAAUGGAGGACUUGAUCUCGAACUUCAGCAAAACUCUAGCGCCCUUUUGCAAUCAUCUCCAAAACACCAGCGAUGCCCUAAAGCACUCCAUGGAUCGCCGCCCCAUUCCUCUCGAUUCGGCAUCGUCGACCUUUAUACAAUCUCUCAACCGCCGUGUGUCGGCUGUUAACGUUGAUCUCAACUUUCUUGAAUCAAUGUCCUUAGAAACUGUAUCCUUCGAGGAGCUUUUAGGUCAUGUUAGUGAAGUUUAUAAGAAGAACGAAACUGAUCUUUUGGAGCUACAGAAGCAGCUCAAGGGUGUUGGAUAUGUACCAGAGUUUGAGGUUGAUGAAGAUGACGAAAUUCUUAACAAUGUAUCAACGCCUGGGUUGCAUUUUGAGCUUUCAAGUUCCAUGGAUGGAUUGAACGUAUCGUCUUCUUACCAGAAAUCAGUUUCCACGGCAGGACUUGCCAAGCAUAGUUUCGAAGAUGAUAUACUACUCGACGACUCUUUAAGCUUACAAAAUGCCGGGCUUUCCGAUGUUUGUCUUGCCACUCUAGCAUCCGAAGGCAACUCUACGUUCAGUGACCCGUACGAGGAUUUGCAUACACCAAAAAAAUUCUUAGAGAAACCACUUGGCUCAAAUUUUCCAUGCCAAUCUGCAGCACAGACUGUGGGAGCCCCUGAAGGGGAAGGUGAAGAUCACUUGACAUUUAAAGAACCCAUUUCACCUCUAAUUACGCUAUCAAAGGACGAUUUUGAAAGCCUCCCAUCAUAUAUGAAGGGCCUAGCAUCGUGGGAGGAUCUCAUCGUGGCUGCUGAGAAAAUCAAUUCAUGCUUGGGGAUGAAAGGCAAGGGAAAGAACUAUAUCCUUCAAGACGAAAUUUCAAGUUUGGACCUUGGUCCCAAAGCAAGGUCUUUUCUACUUCUACUUGUGCGAAUGAAGCGAGUACUUGUUGAAACGAUUGAGGGUCAAAUAUCCUACAGAGUUUUAUAGAGAGUAAAUGAAUUUGUCCUUCAAUUUGAUGAGAUUGGAUAUCCUACACAGGUUCGUUCCUUGCAUAUUAUAUCGGCAGUUGAAAUAGUUUUAUUCUACGAAUAUGUUCAUAUGCAUAAUGAUAAUAUAAUUGUAUAAUCAUUGUGCGGUAAAAGAAUCAAGCAUCCCACCUCUAAGAUAAUGAAAGGUCAUGUCAAUUACUGUUGUACUAAGCUUGCUUUGGCUUCUAGAUAUAUUAUAGAUUAAUGCUUGAAAUGAUUUUAGUUUUCAAAUACAUUUGUCAAACCCUACAAAAAGAUAUUCUUCUUUCCAUGAGUAGACUAUUACUUUGCCUCUCUUGAGGAUGAGAAUCUCAUGAUCAUCUGAAGAUGAUAUAUAGUAACAUGGGUGUCCUUGCAUAGAGCUCCUUAGCUGGCCAUAUUAUUUGUGAACAUUUUACAAGAAUUUUGGUGCCGAACACACUUUUGAUAUCUCUAAUGAAUUUGAUGACUACAUCAAGGAAAACUUGUCGAUCGAGUUUGCAGAAUGAGUCUGAAUAGUUCUUAUGUUCAAGUUGAUUGUCAGUUGAUCAAUGAGAUUAGAAUGUGACAAUAAAUUGUCGAUUGUUCUCAUCAAAUAAUAUUGUUUAUUUAUUUUA